CAAGGUGGCUGCCAGCAGCGUGCGAUGUACAGUGAGGCAGCUGUGGUUGUAUUUUGCUUCCCUGACUCGCAGCCACUGUAGUGUUGCAGAACUUGACAUCCAGCAUCACAAGGCUGCACGGUCACCUCAAAGCGGGACGAUUUCAAUUACAGCUUUGAAGAUGUUAGAAGACCUGAUAAAGAUUCCAUCGUCUCAGCAGGGGUCAACCGCAACCAACUUGGCACUGCUGGACCAAGACUGACCCCCACGGAUGGACCUGUAAUGGUGCCAGUGUGAGCGUUUGAGACUGCACCAACAGGACAAAUGACAGAGGAAAGACAGUGAGAGCCAAAUUGCACACAUUGGAGAAGGACAAGGCCGCACGUUGAUUAGACCGUGACUGAGGCCGAGAAGACGGAGGCAGACGCACGCUACGAGAAUCUGCUGGAAAUGGAUGAGAUGCUUGUCUGCAGACAGACAGAUUAAGAGAGCGGUAGCACCCACCCUCAAAGGCAACCCAACCGUCACGCCACUGCUGUUCAGCUUGCAACACAAGAAUCGCGAGUGCAAUUUGUUUCCAUGCUGAUGACGAAAGAUGGCUGCGAGUCUGGUCGGAGAUGCACCUUCCUCUCGUCCGCCCAUUCUUGCCCCUUUGGCGUCGGGUCUGACCGGUUAAGGUUGGCCUGUUGGCCAUCGCAGCAUUGGCGGCAGCUGUCAGAGUGCUGGAAGGAGCACUAUGCAGGAAACGGACUCGCCAGACACAAACGCAUUCAAAGAGUGCAAGUUCCACUGCACCAAUGGGAAUUGUUUGCGCCUGGGCUCACUGAUCUGCAACCAGCUCAAUAAUUGCGGGGACAACAGCGAUGAGGAGAACUGCCCCAUGGUCACCCAGCACCCUCCACCGGGGAUCUUCAACUCUGAACUGGAGUUUGUUCAGAUCAUCAUCAUCAUCGUGGUGAUGACCGUCAUGGUGGUGGUGAUCAUCUGCCUGCUCAACCAUUACAAGCUCUCCACCUUCAUAACAAGGCAGAGCCAGGCCCGUCGGCAUGACCAUUCCCUGCAGCAGGAUGGUUGCCUGUGGCCUUCAGACAGCAACUCGCGACAAGGAGCCUCCGAGGUGUUAUAUGCCCCCCAGGCCAGGGAUCGCUUCACCGCUCCCGCCUUCAUGCACAGAGACCGCUUUAGCCGCUUUCAGCCCACCUAUCCGUACCUGCAACACCAGAUUGACCUGCCGCCCACCAUCUCGCUGUCAGACGGCGAGGAGCCGCCCCCGUACCAGGGACCCUGCACCCUGCAACUCCGCGACCCCGAGCAGCAGAUGGAGCUCAAUCGGGAAUCGGUGAGGGCGCCGCCUAACAGGACCAUCUACGACAGCGACUUGAUCGACGUGGGAGGCGGCGGAGGGCCCAGCGGCCCCAGGCCACCGAGCAGUAACUCGGGCAUCAGCGUGGCCAACUCCAGUCUCCACGGGCGCAUGGAAGCCCCCCCGCCCGCGUACAGCGAAGUGAUCAGCUCCACAUUCUUUCUUCACCAGCUAAGCAAUAACCAAAGGGUGGGGGAAUGCGGGGAGCCGGGAAGCAGGAUGAUCCGGCCGCAGGGCCAAUCAGAAAGCACAAUAGAACCUUCCAAGACGAAGGACGGCCAACCGGAGGACCUGGUGUGAGCGGGACCACCCAAAGACCUUGGUCUCUCACUCUCGCGCCUUUGUCCCGGCUCCUGUGCACAACAAACAGCAAUUAUAGCUUCUACAAAUCAAGGAAAGAGAGAGAGUCCUUUUUUUCCGCCCGCUCUUUCUGCUCUUACCAACCAGUCGGCAAUCACUGCUGGGGCAGAAUUAUGCUGUGCAUGGAGUCUUGUCUUCAACAAGAAAGGUUGGAGGACACAAAUGGAAACCUUAUCUGGAGGAAUGGAGGAGGAUAGCUUCUUUUUUUUUUUUUUAUUGUUAUUAUUAUUUUUUUGUACACUUUUUUUGGACCGGGAUCUGUGCACAAAGCCAGGACGGAGAAUCAAAGGACCUAAAUAAAACAAGUGACUCACACACACACACACACAAAUAUCUUAGUGCCAAGGUUCACGAGGAAACAAACUACGGGGAGAGGAAAGAGACAGACUUUUGAAAAAAAAAAAAAAUCGAAGUUAUCUAAAAGUUGCACUAUCUUUUUGUUGUUAAAGAGGGAAAGUAUAUGUUUAAUUUCGUUUUCUGUCUUACAAAUGGACCGAAUGACUGAACUUUAGCUCCAAAGGUGUUUGGCGAGCAAAAACCAAGUAUUAUAAGCUUAUAUCCUUUUUUUUUUUUUUUUUUUAAAGCCUAUCACAUCUGGGCCUGCUUUCACCACAGGCACAUUGAGACUCCUGCCAUGCUUCAUUCAGCUAGUGAGGGCAGAACACGCGAAUGUUCCUGGGCAGCUGGGUGGACAAACUCUCCAAGACCUCACAACAUGCUGUGCGACAUUUUCUUCUUGAAUUCCAAGUUAAGAUUCAAACCAUCCAAUUGUACACCCAACUCCUCAAAAACUUCAAUUUCUAUAAUGAUAAUGACUCAGUCACUGAAAAACGACGUAUAUUAAUGUUCGCUAUAGUGACCUGUACCUGCACCAAAAUGACAGAACCUUUAUUUUCUCCAUCAAACUUAAUACAAAAAGCCUCCUUUUUAACUGUCCACCCAGCUGUCUGCUCAUAGCAGUGUGCCGUCUCCCGUUUCCUGUAUCAUGCCCCCCCCUCCCCCCUAACAGUGCAUUUUGAGUGAAGUCUGCCAUGGUGGUAAAGAAAAAUCGUCAUUAUCAUAUCGCUACAAUCAAAGCAAGACGACACACGUAGCGAGGAUUGCUGUGGACGGCAAGAUUUUGUGCAAACAGUCCAAGGGCUACAGGAGGCCUCCUUUUCUGAAAGGGAGACCAAACUAUUUGAAAAUCUAGCCUUUCUCUCUGUUCAUUGUUGCCUUCUCUACUCUUGUGCUUUCUCUUUUCUUGAGCUUGUUUUCAUUGGGAACAUUCAGUGUGCCCUCCCUACUCCUUCCUCUCCACCGCAUUUUUUUUGAGGUCAUUUACCAAACACUCAUCUUUUUCUUCGAUCCAUGUGGAGAAAAUAACGCUGAGUCCGCCAAUCCCCUUUAAAGUGGAGACUGGAUUUGCUUGAGCACCGGGCUCGUCCUGCUUCCUGCUGGCUGCAUUUUGUGUGCGUGCGUGCGAGAGACCUUUUAACAACACACA